UCCGCCACCACCACCAGAACACACCACCAUCGAGAGACAAGAUUCAUAUUGUUGUAUUACUUUAGCUGCAUGUGGUAGCGUCCAAAUCGCCACCCAAUGUCCCGGGUUAAACAGACCAACAGACGCACGCGCUCUUUCGUGAUGUUCGCCUCGUUUUUAAAUCGUGUGUAAAAAAAUCUACACUACUCCUUCUCACAAACUGACCGGUCUCUGUUACUUUGGUUUUUGCGUUUACACGAGAACGAUCGUAUUUCGUGCUUGUCAUUUUAUUUAUUUAUUUAUUUUUUUUUGUUGUUAAUAUUAUUAUAAUUAUUUUGUUUUUUCAUUUAACUUAAAAUUCUAAAUUUUUUUUUUUUUUUAUUUUCUAUUCCUGAUAACACUUGGUUACACAUACAUAUACACAUAAUCUAUAUUUAUACUUGUAUAUGAUAUUUUAUUUAUACGUUGUAACCUCAUACCCAAAACUACACUGUGCACAACAACAUUAAAAUUUGAAAAAGUUAUUUAUUUAUAUUAUUUAAAUAUUAAAUAAACUAAAAAAAAAAAAUAUAAAAUUAUUUAAAUAAAGUUUCGUGAAAGUUUUUUUUCUUUUUGGUGAAAAAUAUAGAUUUUUUUUUUUUUUUUUACAUUUUUUAAUAUUUGAAUGAGUGAUAUGGCGCAAUUAAUAAGCGUCAAGUUAUCGAGAUUCGAUGGAUCACCCUGGGGAUUUCGACUACAGGGUGGCAAGGAUUUUGGCACACCACUUGUCGUUCAAAAGGUAAACGGUGGAUCACCGGCUGAAGCGGCUGGUCUGCGAGCCGGCGAUGCAGUCAUCAAAGUAAACAAUACCGACACGUAUAAUCUCAAACACAAAGAUGCACAGGAUGUUAUUGUUAAAGCUGGAAAUUCUUUUGAAGUAACUGUUCAAAGAGGUGGUAAUACAUGGCGACCAAGUGUAUCACCAGUAACACCAAGUAUUCCUUCACCUCAACCACAUGCACCAGUAAAUAAUAUACCUCCAGUAACAAAAACUUCAUUAGCUGCUAACAAACAAGAUGUACAACAUAUUGGAAGUGGACAUAAUUUUGCACCAAAACCAUUUUCGAAUGGAAAUAGUGAUGGUGCGCCGAUAAAAUCAAUUGUCAACAAGCAAUACAACAGUCCAGUUGGUAUCUACAGUGAACAAACAAUUGCUGAAACACUUUCAGCUCAAGCUGAAGUUUUAGCAGGUGGAGUUCUUGGGGUCAACUUUAAGAAAAAUGAAAAAAAUUAUGACGCACAAAACAGUGAAGUCUUUAGAAUGGUCCAGGAAGCAGACAAAGAACCAAAAACCCCUGAACCUGUUUGUUCGAGGGCUGAGUAUUAUGGAACAAUAAGUCAUGCAAUUGGUGGUUGUGCAACAUCAUCACGUUCAGCAACACCAUUGGGACGUUCAUAUCAUGGUCAAUAUCAACAACCACCCUCUUCUGCAUCAUCAUAUGCAGCACGUGAUGAAUACUACGAUCAUCUAAGACAAGAACAAUCUUCUCGAGCAUCAACAACAUCUGACAGACAUGACAAUUACGAAAUUACUGUUUGUCAUGGAUGCGACAAUCCAAUUGUUGGACUCUUUGUGAGGAUCAAGGAGAAGAAUCUACACGUUGAGUGUUUCAAGUGUUCAACAUGCGGUACAUCAUUGAAAAAUGUUGGAUAUUACAAUAUAAACAACAAACUUUACUGUGAUAUCCAUGCUAAAUUAGUUGCAAGACAACAAUCAACACAAGGAUCAAUUCCCACAACUGUAUCAACUGGAGGAGGAAAAGCACCAGUUGGAACAAUAACAGCUGCUCUUGGUAAUUUGGGAAUUGAUUCACCAAAAUCACCACCACCACCACCACAACCACUCAAUGGAACCAGCAUUACAGCUCCUUUUGCGCUUCAGAAUUAUAAUCGACGACCAAAUUCGGAUCUGGGAAAUUUACCACGAGGAUAUAUAAGACCAGCUGAAUAUAUAACAGAUAAUAAUAAUGAAGAAAAUAAAAAAAUAUGUGAUGAAAAAAUCUACACAAGUACAAUAACAAUCAAGACUGGAAAUGAGACCAAUCACCUUGGCAAUCAGCCCAACGAUACACCCACUUAUCGUCCACUUCAGACUCCGACUUUGGGUGGUGGAAAUAAAUCCAUUGGUUCAACUGGACUAGCUCCAACUUUGAAUUAUUCAUCAGCAAACAACAACAACAACAACAACAACAGCUCGUCAAUCAACAGCUUCAUUCGUCCACAGAGUCAGACAGUUACUGAAUCUUAUCACGAAGAGUGUGAUUAUUACGAAGAAGUAAAAGAAAUAAAAGAAACAAAAGAAAUAAUAAAACAAAAAACAGAAGAACCACCAAGGCCACCUUCUUCAGUAAGAAGCAAGAGUUUGGCUUGGCCACCAGUUAAAAAUCUUGAGGAUUCAAGUUAUCCAACAGCAAGUCCAAUUUGGGUAGAUCCAAAUCCAAUUCUCAGUCGUUUACCAAGACAAAACGUUCCUGAAAAAAGAUUAUUUAUACAAGAAAAUAGAAGUCAAAACGUUAGUCGAGCAUCUAACAGAGAAGAACGUGAAUACGAUCAAAGAGACGUGUAUUAUUCAAGAAAUAGUGAAAUCAUGGAUAACAGUUGUAAUAAGCCAUUUUAUAGAAAAGAAUGUAUUGAGACAAGACGAGAGUGUAGAUCAUCAAGUUCAACACGUCCUGAUUCAGCAGAAGGAAUGAGAAGAUCAUUGACUCCAACGAGAAUUAAUCAACCAACACCUAAACCCUGGAUAGCAACUGUAACAAGUGAAACAAAUACUUUUUCACAUGUAGAAGCUCCAGUACCACCAGAACCACCAGUAUGUCGAAAAGUAUGUACUUGUGAAAUUGUUUGUGAGAGAACAACUGGUCCAGGAGGUCCAGAACAUGAACAAGAACAUAAAUAUCGUAAAAUUGUUUGUGAAAUAUGUACACCAGAACCACCUCCAGUUGAAGAAUAUGAAGAACCCCAAGAGCCUGAACCAGAAGAAGAAGAAGAGCAAGAAUACGAAGAAGAAAAUUAUGAAAUUGUAGAUAUGGCUAAAGUUGUUCCUCCUGAUGUUGCUGUUUGUCCAAGAGGUGUUGAAAAUCAACACAAUAUGUAUACAGAAACAACAGAAAAAGAUGAGGGUAAUAUGCAUAUUAAAAAAACAACAAUUUAUGAAAAAACUGUUGAAUUACUUUCACCAAGUCGUGCUGGAACACCAGUUGAAGGUGAGGAAGAAAAUGGAAGAGCAUCAGCUGCAUCAGCUGAUCGUGAAGUUGAAUGUAUAUCAGGUAGACAUCAGUACUCUGAAUCAGCUGAUGUAGUAUCAUCAGCAAUUGAAACAUCUCGUAUGAUGGAAGAGGCAAAAAGAGAAGAAGAGGAACAACGACGUGCUAUUCAAGAAGAACGUCGUAUUGAACAAGAAAGAAUUCAACGAGAAAAAGAAGAAUGUCGUAUACGUGAAGAAAAUAGAUUAAGAAUAAUUCAACAAGAAAAAGAAGAAAAACAACGUCGUGUUCAACAACAAAAAAAAGAAACUGAAAGAGUAUGUCGUCAAGAAGAAGAAGAACGAUGUGGAAAACAUGUUAGUUUUGCUUCACGUUCACAGGGUGUUGUUCAAGAAAGUGUUCAACCAAGUGAAGUUUAUGAGAGUCAACAAUAUGUACGUGAAGAAAAAACUUGUAGUACAAAAACUGAAGAAUGUUGUCAAAAUUUACGUGAACAAGUUGAAGUACAUAAAAAUUUACGAGAACAACAACAACCAGAAAGACGUACUCUUCAAGAGCGUCGUUUGGAAAAAAGAUUUAGACCUCAAUCAGCUGAAGAAAAACAAGCUGCUGAAGCUGCUGCUCGUGCUAAAGAGUCAAUGCAACGAAAGCAUGUUCAAUUUGUAACUAAAACUGACAGUGGUAAUGUUCGUCCUUUGCCUCAAUCGACAGUUAAAAAUUCAACACCAAAAGAAUGGCGAUCUGAGAUGGUUAAUGCAUUGACAACAGUUUCAGAUAGACCUUAUUCACCAUUUGAAACAACUACAACUUGUUGUUCUGUUCAAGAAAACAAUGAGUGUCAAUCAAAGACUACAGUUACUAGAAAAACACGAUAUGAAGAAAUUUGUAGACCAUGUCCUGCACAAAAACCUCAACCAGUUAAACCACCACCAUACGUUGAACGUCCAAUAUCUCCAUUUACUGAAGCUCUAACAACAGCAUCUGAACGUCCUUAUACUCCUCUAGGAGGUGAUCAUGAACAAGAUACUGUUAUUUGUGUUAAACGUUCACGAACACCUACUGAUAAAACAAUUGAAGGAUACUGUCAUCCAGCUGAAAUUCUUUACACUGAUGCAAAAACACGUCAGUCUCGAUCACGUGAAAAAAAAUUAAGAAAAGUUGAAGGACCUCGUCCAUUGCCAACUCCACCACCAGAUUAUAAAUUUCGUGAUGCAUCUGUAUCACCAACAAGAUCUCUAUCUCGACCAGAAACUCCAAGUCGUCAAGGAGUAAUGGCAGGAUUAAAAAAACCAGGUACAAUUCCAUCGUAUCAAAAAUAUCUUGUGGCUGAAGAAUGCGAAGCAGUGCAUGAAAAUUCAUACACACCAAGUAGAACACCAACACCUACACCACAUAGACCAAAAUCACCAGCUCCAGGUCCUCCACAAGCACCAGCUUGUUAUAUAAAAGCUCAUGCUCCAAUGAUCCGAGCAGAUCCACCACCUGCUCGUCAACCAUUCAAUCCUGUUAGUACUCAACCAGGACAAACUGAGAAAAUAUCAUAUCAUUUAGAAGAAGACACUCCUCAAGGACAUCUAUCAAGAGAUUAUCAAGGAACUCGUACUUCAUACAGUGAAAAUUCUCAACGAAAUACUCAGUCAUAUUCUUGCCAACAACAGCAACAACAACAACAGCAAUAUCAAGAAUCAUCUGUUUCAUCACAAUCUAAGCAACAAUUAGGAGACUGGGAUGGUUCUGGUUGUGGUAUAAAUAAAGUAUCAGAUUAUCAACCAAGCUUGUCUUGUCCAUUAAAAAAUGCACCACCAUCUCGACCAGUAACUCCAUGUCAAUCAAUUUCUCAAUCAACAUGUAUAUCUCAAUGCAACUAUGAAUCAAGUAAUUCACAAGCAGCAAUUUCUGAACGUGUACAAAAACAAGGAGUAAGAGUAUUACCACCAUGUCCAAAAAUUCAACCAACUCAACAAACUCAAGUGUGCCAAAAACGUCAAACUUAUCAAUCAGAAGAAGAACGAACAAUGUCAACUUAUAAUGUACAAAAAUCUAGUCAUCAAGAGAGUGAUUGUGCUAAUACAGGAGUAACUGUUAUGCCAUGUAGAACAACAACUAGUUCUGGUGUAAGUAGAACUGGUGUUGUAAUUAUACCAUGUGAAGGAGAAGACAAUGAUGCUUGUCCAAGAUCAGGAAUUUGUAUAACACCAACACCAGAUAGAUCAGGUUUAUGUGUAUCACCAGCACAACAUGGACGAUCAUCAGCCAGAUGUUCUGGUCCAAACAAAGAUCCACGUUCUGCUGGUAAUCAAGUUGAUGUUGGAAAUUGUCCAGCUUCAGGUAUACGAGUUGGAACUUGUUCAGAUGGUUCUAUUUGUGUUGCACCAUGUAAAGUACCAGGUGUUGCUCCAGUUCAAGCACCAAAACCCAUACUUAAAACACAAUGUCCAUCAGCAAAAACAAUUCCUUUUCCUCAUAUCCCAUUACCUGGUAAAGCGCCUGCACCAGAACCAAAUCCUUGCGAUUCUUGUCCAUUAAAUAAUCAAUGUGAACAAUCAUCUCAGCAAAUUAAUCAACAGCCUCGCACUAAUUUAAGCAAUCAGCUAACGCGUAUGACAAUUAAGCGUGAUAAGCAUGUUGUUCAAUUAUUUAAACCCCAAACACAAUCAUCACAACAACAACAAAAAUGUGAUGAUAGUGAAAGUUGUCAAUUACAACAACAACCCUAUCGUUCACCACCAAAUCAAUCGCGACCCUCAUAUACACCCGAUACACGAAAGGUCCAAAACUUACCGGCCCCUACGAAUUUGUCGUCCCAACCGGAUUUAGGUUGCGGCCUUGGUGGAGCCAGUCCAAAAAGCCGAAGAAUUGCUGGUAAUUCAGCACCAACAAGAGGACGUGGUAUUCUUAAUCAAGCUGGAAGUUCUGGACGACAACCACUAUGCGCUAGCUGCAACGCACACGUCAGGGGUCCAUUUAUCACAGCACUUGGUCAAAUUUGGUGUCCAGAACAUUUUGUCUGCGUGAACUCUCAGUGUAAUCGUCCACUUCAAGAUAUUGGAUUUGUUCAAGAAAAAGGACAACUUUAUUGUGAAUAUUGCUUUGAACGUUUUAUUGCACCAGCAUGCAACAAGUGCAAUAAUAAAAUAAAAGGAGACAGUCUAACAGCGAUUGGCAAGCAUUUUCAUCCUGAAUGUUUUAGCUGUACCUACUGCGGUAAAUUAUUUGGCAACAGUCCCUUCUUUCUCGAGGAUGGAUUGCCAUAUUGUGAAGCCGAUUGGAAUGAAUUGUUUACAACAAAAUGCUAUGCUUGUGGAUUCCCUGUAGAAGCUGGUGAUCGUUGGGUCGAAGCAUUGAACAAUAAUUAUCAUAGCCAGUGUUUCAAUUGCUCAACGUGCAAAGCAAAUCUUGAGGGUCAAAGCUUUUAUGCCAAAGGUGGACGUCCUUUUUGCAAGAAUCAUGCACGUUAAAUAUUUAAAUAUCAAACAAUAAUUAUUAUUAAUUUAAUAAUAACAAAAUUUAAAAAAAAACGACGAAAACUUUAAUUCAAUUUUAUCAUUAACAGUGUCAAAAAAAAAAGGACAUUGUUUUACUUGGUUUUUUUUUUCUUUGAUAAUUUUUGUGUAUUUUUACUAACAAAAAUAUCACGAUAAAUAAUUAUGGGACAAUUCAAUUGACAAUUAAUUAUAAAUUAUUGUAAAAUCAUAAAUGUUUAAUAUUUUUUUUUCUUUUCCAAUUGUGUGUCCUACUAAAAUAUUAUUAUUGAAUUUAAUAAUGAAGUAAAAAUUAUAAUACAUGUGUAUUAUUAAAUAAUUUAAUAAAAAAUAAAAAAAAACUUAGUUGGAAAAAAUAAUACGGUGAUACGGAUAAUAUAAAUUAUAUUUUAAUUAAUUUGAAAAUUCAACAUGUCGUGUUUCUGGUUGUUUUGUAAAUACCACUGAUGUUUUAAUAGAAAAUUCAGUCCUAAUUCAAGUGGGCGUGUGUUGUCUACCUCAAUAAGUUUAUCAACAAUUUAUUCAUUUAGGCAUCACGCAAAGGUCAUGCUAAAAAAUUUGUAAAAUUUUCAAAAAAAUUAAAAUUUUUAAUUAUAAAAAAAAACAAUGCAUUAAUUUAUUUUUUAAAAUUAUAUUAAAAUAAAACAUUGUGUUUAAUUAUUCAGAAAAAAAAAAAAAUUAUAUAUCGCGUGAUGAUAAACAUUGAGCUGAUGUCAAAAUGAGAAAAAUAUAAAAAAAAACACGUGAUAGGUCAAGGAGGAAAUAAACUUGUCAUUGUCAUCUUUUGACUGCGCCAAAAAAAAAAUAAUAAUUAUUGCUGCAAGAUGCAUUUCAAUUAAAUAAUUAGUCAUAAAGAUAAAAUUAAAUUUAUGGUCUUGAAAUGAAGGAUUUAUUUAUUCAAUAAUUGAUGAAUGAUGAAUUAAAAAUAAAAAUAGUUAAUCAAAAUUUGAUUUGUCAGUUUGUAAAAAAUUUCAUCAACGAGAUAUAAAUAAAUUUAAAAUGAAUCACGACAGUUUUAUUCAUUAUUGAAUAAAUAUUGUAUCACCGUAUUUAAAAUAUAUUUUUAACGUUUGAUUAUAUUUUUUCUUUUGAUUUUUAAAUUUUUUUUUUUUUUUUAAAUUUGUGCCAUUUAUCGUCUUUGUGCAUGACAGGGUUCAGUCAUAAUUUAAAAAUAUUAAAACAAAAAUAAAAAACAAAAAUAAAAACCCUACAGUACAGUUUCGAUUAAUUCAAAAAAAUAAAUAAUUGAAAAUGUUGAUGACUAUAUUAUGUAAGAUUAAAUAAGUAAAAAAGAAAAAUGUAUCAAAAAAAAAAAAAAGUUAGAAGGAGUGAAGAGAAAAGAAUGUCAAU